GGCUUCGUCUACGCUCCUAUCAGCUGGAGGGAGUCAACUGGCUAGCCCAGUGCUUCCACUGUCAGAAUGGCUGCAUCCUGGGAGACGAGAUGGGCCUGGGUAAGACCUGCCAGACCAUCGCUCUCUUCAUUUACUUGGCAGGAAGAUUAAACGACGAAGGGCCGUUUCUGAUCAUUUGUCCCUUGUCUAUUUUGAGCAACUGGAAAGAGGAGAUGGAGAGAUUUGCUCCAGGUCUUUCCUGCGUGACAUACGCAGGUGACAAGGAGGAGCGAGCCCACCUACAGCAAGACCUAAGGCAGGAGCUACGUUUUCACGUGUUGCUGACUACCUACGAGAUUUGUUUGAAAGAUGCAUCAUUUCUAAAAUCCUUUCCCUGGAGUGUUCUCGUCGUGGAUGAAGCUCACAGGUUGAAAAACCAAAGCUCCUUGUUGCAUAAGACACUUUCAGAGUUCUCAGCGGCCUUCAGCCUCCUGCUGACCGGGACGCCCGUGCAGAACAGCCUCCGAGAGCUCUACGCCCUGCUCGCACUGCUGGAGCCGGGCGUCUUCCCCAGGGAGCAGGCGGAGGAGUUUGUUCAGCGUUACCAGGACAUCGAGAGGGAGCCGGAGGCAGCCAGUGAACUGCACAGACUCCUGCGGCCGUUUCUGCUGAGGCGCGUGAAGGCCGAGGUGGCUUCGGAGCUCCCCAGGAAGACGGAGGUGGUGCUGUACCACGGCCUGUCGGCGCUGCAGAAAAGAUACUACAAGGCCGUUCUGAUGAAAGACCUAGAUGCAUUUGAAAAUGAGGUGGCAAAGAAAGUCAAACUUCAGAACAUCCUGUCGCAGCUGCGAAAGUGUGUGAAUCACCCAUAUUUGUUCGAUGGUGUGGAACCAGAGCCUUUUGAAAUCGGAGACCACCUGAUUGAGGCUAGCGGGAAGCUUCACCUGCUGGAUAAGCUGCUGGCCUUCCUGUAUUCCAGGGGCCAUCGAGUUUUACUUUUCUCCCAGAUGACCCAGAUGUUGGAUAUUCUCCAGGACUACAUGGAUUAUAGAGGCUACAGCUACGAGCGUGUGGAUGGCUCCGUGAGGGGGGAGGAGAGACACCUGGCCAUCAAGAACUUCGGGCAGCAGCCCAUCUUUGUCUUCCUCCUGAGUACCAGGGCAGGUGGAGUCGGCAUGAACCUCACGGCAGCGGACACCGUUAUCUUUGUGGACAGUGACUUCAAUCCGCAGAAUGACUUGCAAGCGGCCGCCAGGGCCCAUCGGAUCGGCCAGAACAAGUCUGUGAAGGUUAUUCGGCUGAUCGGCCGAGACACCGUGGAAGAAAUGGUCUGUGGGAAGGCCACCGCCAAGCUGCAGCUCGCCAGCACGGUCGUCGAGGGGGGCCAUCUCACCCUGGGGACCCAGAAGCCCGCGGCUAGUGCCAGCCUCCAGUUGAGUGAGAUCCUCAAGUUCGGUUUGGAUAAGCUGCUGUCCUCCGAGGGGAGCAGCAUGGAUGAAAUGGACCUGGAGUCCAUCCUGGGAGAAACGGAAGAUGGCCAGUGGGCCUGUGACGUCCCGCCUACCGCCGAGGGAGGAAACGGAGAGCUGGAGGAAGCGAAAAACCACAUGUACUUAUUCGAAGGGAAAGACUAUUCUAAGGAGCCCAGUAAAGAAGACAGAAAAUCAUUUGAGCAACUGGUGAAUCUUCAGAAAACACUUUUGGAGAAAACUAGUCAAGAGGGCCGGUUACUCCGGAACAAAGGCCGUGUUCUCAUCCCAGGCCUCGUGGAGGGCGCCACUAAAAGGAAGCAGAUUCUAAGCCCGGAGGAGCUGGAGGACAGACGGAACAAGAGGCAGGCAGCGGCGGCCAAGAGGAAGAGACUGAUGGAGGAGAAGAGGAGGAGGAAGGAAGAAGCGGAACGUGAGAAAAAGGUGGCCUGGUGGGUGUCCAGCCACUACCGGUCCUUCUGCCUGCCGUCCGAGGACAGCGAAGCAGAGAGUGGAGAAGACGAUGGUGCCCCCCAGCUGGGUGAUGAAGAUUCAGACUCUACCUCCAUCAAGUACGUUAGCGGCGACGUCACCCACCCCCAGGCCGGGGCAGAGGAUGCUGUCAUCGUGCACUGCGUAGAUGACUCUGGCUGCUGGGGCAGAGGUGGCUUAUUCACAGCGCUGGAGAAACGAUCUGCUGAGCCAAGAAAGAUAUACGAGCUGGCUGGGAAAAUGAAAGACCUGAGUCUGGGAGGUGUCCUUUUAUUCCCUAUUGACGAUAAAGAAUCAAGAAACGAAGGGCAAGAUUUGUUGGCCUUGAUCGUGGCUCAGCACCGUGACCGCGCCAACGUCCUGUCUGGCAUUAAGAUGGCAGCCCUUGAAGAGGGCCUGAAGAAGAUAUUUUUAGCAGCAAAGAAAAAGAAAGCGAGUGUCCACCUUCCACGCAUCGGCCACGCCACGAGAGGCUUUAACUGGUACGGAACUGAGCGACUUAUUCGGAAACACUUGGCCGCAAGAGGCAUCCCAACCUACAUAUAUUACUUCCCUAGGAACAAGGCUGCCACCCUUCCGUCCCAGCCCUCACCGGCCCAGCGUCACACCCGGCCCUCAGCAGCCAGCUAAGAAGAUACUUGCUCAGAGCGACUGUACUCGAGUCUUCCAAAAAGGAAUCGGGGUCGGGUGGGCCUCCGAGGCACUCUUUCUCCAGAUUCCGAUUUCGUUCUCCUGGAUGUUGUCGCUCUGGUUUGGUACCUGGAGCACAGGUGCCCAUCUUACUCAGGAAGGCCCGGCGACAGCUUGCCAGGCUGUUUGAGUCGUAAUAAACUUUGUUUCCAAUGUUUUCAUUGCUUGCUUUUCCCCCAGUCGCGUUUUCUUCCCCCCGUCAGAUGGAGUUUGUCACAGAGGGAAAAGCCGUGUUUAUUGAGGAGAAAGGAAACAGGACAGGGGCCCCUGGAGAAGGAGGCUCCUCCAGCCGGUUCAUGCCGUGGGAAGACGCAGCUCGAGGGGCAGAGGCCGAGGCCUGGGCUCCCUGAUCCACCCAAGCGGAGGGCCCCUCCUUCUGUGACCUGGAAGAGUACACGUCGGCCGAGGGGCCUGUCAGAUGUGGCUUCAGAGAAGCCAGGGUCUCCUCUCCCCUUCCCACCAAAUUCACUUCAGCGUCAAGAAAAAGGGAAAUCAUGGAAAUGGCACAUCAGGGACACAGUGUCAGAUGGGGAGGCCAGGGGGCCAAGACCACCAGAGAAGGCGUCCUGGGCGGGGGUGGGGGGACACCAUAGAAGCUGGGGCUUUCCAAACUUUGUACGUGACGUCUCGGUCUCCACGGAGCCCGCUCAGCCUGCCCGACCUCGGCCCUGAGGCCCCGGACGCCCAGCGCACCGCGGGGCCUGGCCAGUGGGACACGCGGGCCGGGACCUAAUGCAGGCAGUGCCUUCGGCCUGGGUCGCACUGCUCCCGGCACUGACUCUCCCUGGCAACUUCUGCGCUUUAGCAUCUGUGUGGAAGACCUGUUAGACCCUAAAUUCGUGAUUCCUGCAUAUUUUCCUCCUAAAACUUGUUUUACUGCCUCCUAUCCACCACCCUUAACACCAGCCCUUCACACGUGUAAGAACUCAAAUCCUCUUGACUGGCAUCUUUGGUCUCUCCUACAGCUAAAAGCAGAAUUGAACUCCAAAGAGGGAGGAUGUAGUGAACCCUGACCUCAGCUAAGAUGCCGCGCCUUCAAGAGCAGACCGAGUCCAAGUAGGUGGGGGACGAGCAGCUGUGAAGACAACGUGAUUGUCCAGAAGCCACACUUGCUCCUGAGGGUGGAGCAUCCAGGCAUCCGAGAGAGAGGGAUCAGAGCAGGAAACACUCCCCAAUGAGCACAGCUCAUUUGGUACCUGGAGAGACCCUCCUUUAUCUCUCUACUCUGUCCCCGUGCUCCGGCCACAUGGACUUUUUCUCUGGACAGAGGCCCUGGGCCAUCAACCUCUGACUCCUGGUAAGCUGGGCAAAGCGCCGCAGAGGAGACCAGAAAACUCAGCACAUUCGCCUGUCAGUGUGGGGUCGCCUGUCACUGGCAACGUCCUGCUUCCCGUGUCUGCCUCUGAGCUCUUCAGUCACAGACACCGCCCUGCUGUAUUUCCCUGAGUCGUUCCUGUCUUGUAUGUCCCGUCACUGUUCCCGCCAACGGGCAUCAUUCUCUAGGAAGGAAGAACCAAAGAAGACACCUACUCCGUUUAUCCCAAGGGUUUUGUUCUGUUUCCUUCACAGCAAGUCUUUGAGGCCAUCUCGCCCUCCCCUCUGAGGGGACCAGGACAGAGUUGACAGUGCAAGAUUUUAUUCAUUAAUGAGCCUUCAUAGAGAAGUUUGUGCCCUAAACACCAAUAUCAAAACCCCGCUUAUUGAGAUCGUGAGGAACUUGAAUCUAUUGAAAUUUUUCUGUAGGUACAAUCUAUAUUUUUCGAUUUUUAAUAAACUUUACCUUGUAACAUG